AUGGGGAGAAGGAAACCCAGGGUAUUUUUCAAAAAUAUCCCCAUAGACUUUCCCACAGAGCGUCAAUCAAAUAUGCCCAUAGACCUUCCAAUAGAGCUUCAAUCAAAUAUCUUUGAUAGGUUGUGUGCGAAGGAUCAAUCAAAAGCUAUGUGUGUCUCACACUCAUGGCGCGAUUUCAUCCUAUAUUCAAUAUUACCGAAGGACGAAUCACAACAAUCUUCCGUGAGCUUGUUUCCAAUUAAAUGUCUAGAUCUGAAAUUGCAACAACUCUUCCAUUGGUGUUCUCGAGUAAUGUGUUGCAGAGUCGGACCUAACAAACUUAUUGACUCAUGCAACGGAUUACUCUUGUUUUAUCACAACUAUGGUGGGGCUCAGAACCUCACUCAUGGUGUUUAUUACUACUAUGUGAUGAACCAUGUCACAAAACAAUGCGUGGCUGUUUCAAAGCCAACUGGACAAAUUUCUAGAGCGUAUUCUUAUGCUACUCUAGUAUAUGAUCCUACAAAGUCUAGGUUUUUUCAAAUUGUGAAUUUUCAGGGACAUCGUCAUGUCAAUGUUUUCUCCUCUAAAAACGGCAUUUGGACUACACAGACUCUUAUUUUGCCUAAAUAUAUUAUUGCGUCUAGUUGGACCAAAAAAUCUGUUUACUUCAAUGGAUCACUGUACCGACUCUCUCGCUCAGGACAUUUGGUGAAAAUUAAAGUUGAUAUUCAAGAGAAUGUUUUAGAACAAACUGAGGCAAUAACACUCCCUCAGGAUUGUCUUUCUUUUAACUGCCAAUGGGAAUUAAGUGUCAAAGGUGACAAGUUGCUUUUUGUCAUGUCUAAAGGUUUGAAUUUUGUAGUUUACGAACUCGUUGAAUGUGUUUCAAGUGGUGUUACAUCCUGCUCAUGGUGCACUAGUCAUAGAAUCCAAGAUGAUGGUUCUAAGUGGUAUUAUCUUAAUAAAUUGUUCAAGCUCUUGUCCUUUCACCCUUACGAUGAUGUGGCAUUUUUCAAGGGCUAUAAUCACCUCUUUUAUUACAUCUUUAUUGGUAAUAAUACCAUCACAGAUCUUCAGCAGGUUCCAUCUUGUGAAAUUCUUUAUGACUAUUUAGAGUUUUGUGGGAUCCCUUUGGUUGAAUGCUACUCCCCUUUCGCUUGCCGCUUAAAUGAAGAGCAUCCAAGAGUUUUUCAACGGCCACCCAUUCCAACAGUGAUUAGGGUGAUUUCUGGAUAA